AAAAAAAAAGUACUUUCGCACUCGUUUAGUUUUGGCGUGGAAACUUGAAGUAUAACUUUUUUUUUUUAUUGCGUUUGAUUCCAAAUUCUGAUGACAGAAAAAAAAAUUUGAUUUUUUUUUUUUUUUUCUUUCCCCUCCGUGGUUGUUUUGGCUUCCCAUGUGGACACAAUGAGGCAGUGUGUCCUUACCGGAGACAAUGCGGCAAGAUGCUCCGUGGACGACGUUUCUCCCACGAUCACGUCGCUUGGGGCAGACGGAGAGCAACGUAAAGAAUGAAGCUGCAGCCCUCGUAUGAGAAGCCGCACACCGAUCCCCUAGAAUUGGAGUUGCCACGGCUCAAAAAAUGAAGAUCAAAUAUGCCAUCGUCUUCAUCUUUAUCGUGGCUAUGGUCAUCAUUGAAAAGGAAAGCAACAUCCUAUCGAGUUGGUUUCUCACCAGGGUGUCUGACAAGAUGAUGCAGAGGCAAACGCCCCAGCAGACGCCACAAUCGCCGCUGGAUUACGGCAACGCAACGCAAAAUAGCCCGACCCCGUUCAAAAUGCUGCUCUCGAACGUCAACGCUACGAAAGAGAGUGACUCCAAUCAAACAGAGGAGCAGCAUAAGGAAGAAGUUGAGGACCCGGUGGGCCCCGAAGACGAUCGCAAGCACAUCUUACUCAUGGCCACCACAAGAUCGGGGUCCUCGUUCGUGGGCGAGUUCUUCAACCAGCACGGCGAGAACACGUUCUACCUCUUUGAGCCCCUGUGGCAUGUUGAACACAUGCUGAGCGCCACCGCGGAGACCAACAACGGGAGCUUGAUACCGGCAAACUACCGGGAUGUACUCCGGGGCCUCUUCCUGUGUGAUUUCUCUCCUCUGGAGAAGUUUAUAUCGCCGCCUCCCCAGAACCACGUGACCCCGUCGCUGUUCCGUAGAGAGUCGAGUUCGUCGCUGUGUGAGGAAAAGGUCUGCACUCCUGUCAUCAAGGAGAUUUUUGAGAGGUAUCGCUGCAAAAACCGCCGCUGUGGUCCGCUCAACCUGACCCUCGCUUCACAGUCCUGCCUUUCCAAACAACACCACGCCAUCAAGACUGUGCGCGUCCACCAGUGGGAAACCCUGCGGCCUCUGGUGGAGGACCCUCGCCUGAACGUUAAAAUAAUCCAGCUGGUCCGAGACCCACGCGCCAUAUUAGCGUCACGUAUGGUGGCUUUCUCCUCCAAGUACAAAACGUGGAAGGCCCUGAUGCAGAGCGGCCGCGUGCCCGAGAACGACGACGAGGUGAAGCGGCUGCAGGGAAACUGUGAAAAUAUCAGAUGGUCCGCCGAGCUGGGGCUGAGCCGACCUCGCUGGUUGAGGAGACGCUACAUGUUGGUACGCUACGAGGACAUCGCCCGGUACCCCAUGCAGAAAGCCGAGGAGAUGUACCGGUUCACUGGCAUCCCCUUCAGUCCCCGAGCCCGGGAGUGGAUUCUGAAGAACACCCAGACUACAGAGGGAGACAGCGGAAUCUACUCCACCCAGAAAAACUCCUCGGAGCAGGCGGAAAAAUGGAGGUUCAGCAUUCAUUUCACGCUGGCUCAGAUGGUGCAGCGACUGUGCGGACCCACCAUGAAGCUGUUUGGCUACAAGUUUGUGGACGACGCAAAGACGCUGCUCAAUAAGUCCAUCAGUUUGCUGGAAGACAAGACGUUUCACUAAAACAUGAGGGUGUGAGUGACGCUGGGGAGCCAUGAGAAGCCUUCAUUGCACGGACCAAAAUGUACAGUCGUGGUCAAAAGUUGACAUACACUUGUAAAGAACAUCAUGUCAUGGCUGUCUUGAGUUUACAAUCAUUUCUACAACUCUUAUUUGUUUGUGAUAGAGUGAUUGGAGCACAUACUUGUUGGUCACCAACACUUUUAUAAAUGUAUUA